CGCGGCCGUCAUAUUCAGGUUAAUGUAAGUGCAAGUUUACAGCACGUCCUGUCUCGGUGAGAUCACGGAGACGAGGAGGUACAGGGCGAUAUAUCUGUCCGGCUUCUGAAAGCUGAAUUCAGUCGCAGCUGCCGGAGGGUAACAGGAGUCCGCUUUACUGAAGCAGGGCCCAGAAACACACAAUGUUUUCUGGAGACUGAACGAGAGGGCGUUCAUCCUGUGAUGUUCCUGCAGACUGAACGGACCGGCCUGUGCUGGAUUUUUGAAAGCAGAACUCCAAGGAUGUUCAGAAUAUGAUGUAUGGCUCUCAUGCUUGGUGAACUUUGAAUAAUUUGCAGCUUUACCACAGUGAUGAAAUCGUAAACUGUCUUCAUAAACGUCAUAAAAUGCCUCGUAAACUUCAUGGAUCACAUUUACGUGUAGGACAUGUCUUUCUUGGUGCUACAUUCUCUUUACAUCCUUUUUCUGUAACCGCUUAAACAAUCGUGGCGAGCCCGCAGAAGCACAGAGCAAGAGGCAGGGUCAUCACAGUCCAAAACACUGCAGGCAUGUUUUAGAUACACCCAGUGGUUGAAUUGUAAAAACAUUUCAAGGGUGAUAGUGGGGGUGAAAUAUCUGCAAGGCUGGGGAGACAAUCGUGCAGUACGAAUUAAACUGUGUUUCAGUCUGGUGUGGACCAGAUUCUCCCUGCUGAGAGCCCUUCAUAAUGUUACCUGCACGUGAGUGAAAUUACACAGAACAAUUUAGGGUGGGGGUAUGUAUUUGGACUGGCAGUGGAAAUGCAGUGGAACAUGCAGACCCCACAUAGACAAGCCAGUUCAGGGUCCACAGUGAGGCCACAGCACUACCUACCGCACCACUGAGCCACUAAACCUACUUUUUUUGGAAUUAUUACUUAUUAACUCAUAUUAAAAUGUUGAAUUCUUGGAGGAAGAUGGGAAACUCAAAUGUGGGGCAGCUGAAGGGGACGCGGUUUGACGAAGCUCUGCACAGCUCCAUCAUGGAGCUGCUCCUCUCUGAUGGCCCAGCAUCCAGACCGGUCUUCACUCAGCUCUACCUGGAGGCUGGAGGGCUGCAUCAUCAACAGGAAGCUGAAUCUGAGGAUAAAGAAGGAGAGGAAGACGAAUGUUUCACGCUCAAAACGCCCUCCAUCCCGCGGCACCUGAAGCCCUCGCCAGAAGGUCACUGCACCACAGAUGGUUUCUGCCAGUCAGGAAAGGACCUGCGACUGGCUUCCAUCAGCACCAGCUCCUUGGACACUCCGGCCGGGUUUCUCCUAGUGGGAGUCAAGUCCCCUGUUCUACUGGACGACACUCUGGUCUGCGCUGUGGACCGCAGGUUUAUUCCAGAUGAAACCGGACAGAACGCACUCCUAGGUUUCCUUGGUAACUGCGUGGGCUGCGGACGGGGGGGCUUCCGCUACUUCACCGAGUUCUCCAUCCACAUCAACCUGAAGCCCAGCGGCCAGCCCAUGAAGCAGAAGUACCUGCAGUGUCACCUCCACAGGGACGCGUGUGGGAGGCUGGUCACGGGCCCGCCCAUCUGCUGGAGGACUGCGGGUCGGAUGAUGGGGUGUUGCCCUGUUGUGGGCCAUAGGAGAGACCCUACGGCCCUGCAACAAAGUUCACAGUUCAGUCCCAGCCUAAGGGAUCCUGACCUGAGGCCCCCUAAAAAGAGGCACAAAGGCUGGCUGGCAGAGAGAGCCACGCCCGCCCCCUCCCCAUGACGACCGUCUCCAGAGCCCCUCCCAGCGAUGACGAGGUCACGCUGAGCUCUCAGCUGAAACUCGAGCUCCCUGGACAGACAAGAAAGAGCAUCACCGCGCAAAAGCUCCUGCACGCCAAGAUCUGGAUGAAUCUCAUUUCACAGGAGGAAAAGCUCCCUGACACCCCAUACGUGUCGGUGUGAUGGUUCAAAAUCAGUCCAGGAUCAUUAUUUCAAGUAAAGAAAAAACACACACAUAAAGCAUAGCUGUUGUUCAGUUCAGUUUAAGGUGGACACGCCAUAUUCAGUAUGUUUGUUAGCCUUUGAUUGGUGUUACUUAGACCUGCAACAAUAAAUACUUCACUGACAGAGGGGCUGGCUCACGUUUUAUGUCAUCAAACAUUUGUCUGCUGCUCAGGGUCAGCUGUUGAACUGAA